CCUCCCGCUGGACUCGCCGCUGGCAGCUGCUGCCUGCCUCUCCGGCUUUUACCAUGAACAAGGAAAUUCCUGCUGCUUCCGACCAUGGCGGCUGCAGACACGGAGGUGGAGGUGGAGGCAGAGCCCGGUCUCAGAGGCCCUGAGAUCGUCACCAUGGGGGAGAAUGACCCACCUGCUGCUGAGGCGCCCUUCUCUUUCCGGUCACUGUUUGGCCUCGACGACUUGAAAAUUAGUCCUAUGGCACCAGAUGCCGACGCGGUGGCCGCGCAGAUCCUGUCUCUGCUGCCUUUGAAGUUUUUUCCCAUCAUCAUCGUGGGCAUCAUCGCGCUGAUCCUAGCGCUGGCCAUCGGCCUGGGUGUCCACUUUGACUGCUCCGGGAAGUACAGGUGCCGUUCGUCUCUUAAGUGUAUCGAGCUGACGGCGCGCUGCGACGGGGUGUCUGACUGCAAAGACGGGGAGGACGAGUACCGAUGUGUGCGGGUGAGCGGCCAGAGCGCUGUGCUCCAGGUGUUCGUGGCAGCCGCCUGGAGGACCAUGUGCACCGACGACUGGAAGGGGGGCUACGCUCGUGUGGCCUGUGCCCAGCUGGGCUUUCCCAGCUAUAUUGGCUCGGGUGACCUCAGAGUAGACCUACUUGAGCCGCAGUUCCAGGGGGACUUUGUGUCCAUCAACCACCUCCUGCCAGAUGACAAGGUGACCGAGUUACACCACUCUGUGUAUGUGAGGGAGGGAUGCACCUCGGGCCGUGUGGUCACCCUGAAGUGCAUGGCAUGUGGGCUGAGGACCGGCUAUGGCGCUCGCAUCGUGGGCGGGAACGAGUCCUCGCUGGCUCAGUGGCCCUGGCAGGUCAGCCUCCAGUUCCAGGGCUACCACCUGUGUGGGGGCUCAGUCAUCACGCCCCUGUGGAUCGUCACUGCCGCACACUGUGUUUACGACCUGUAUCUCCCCAAGUCCUGGACGAUCCAAGUGGGCCUGGUCUCCCUGCUGGACAGCCCUGCACCCUCCCACUUGGUGGAGAAAAUCAUCUACCACAGCAAAUACAAGCCAAAGAGGCUGGGCAACGACAUUGCCCUCAUGAAGCUGGCCGGGCCGCUCGCCUUCCACGAGACGGUCCAGCCGGUCUGCCUGCCUAACUCGGAAGAGAACUUUCCUGACGGCAAAGUGUGCUGGACAUCAGGCUGGGGGGCCACGGAGGAUGGAGGCGACGCCUCCCCUGUCCUGAACCAUGCUGCGGUCCCGCUCAUCUCCAACAAACUGUGCAACCACCGGGAGGUCUACGGCGGCAUCGUUGCCCCGUCCAUGCUAUGUGCAGGCUACCUGAAGGGCGGAGUGGACAGCUGCCAGGGAGACAGCGGUGGGCCCCUGGUGUGCCAGCAGAGCCGGCUGUGGAAGCUGGUGGGUGCCACGAGCUUUGGCAUUGGUUGUGCAGAUGUGAACAAGCCCGGGGUCUACACCCGAAUCACAUCCUUCUUGGACUGGAUCCAUGAGCAGAUGGAGAGGGACCUGAAGACUUGAAGAGGCUCACUAUCUGAGCUCCUGAGUGGAUGCCCAAUCCUUCCCCAGACUCGACGUGGGCAGGGUGACAUGGCUGCCUACCAGAUCCCCAGGGACACUGGCCUGACCCUGACACCCAUUACUGCCUGCUUCUCAUGCCUCGAGCUGGGGGGCUUUGGGCUAAGAUGACUUGAAGCUCCUCUAUGACCUUCCCUGAGAACCAAAGCAGAGCAUCCCACUAGCUACCUUUGCCCACUUCACUAUUUAGGUUUUUAAAGAAUUAGUAUUCUUGGCAUGUGUUUGCGAUAUACAACAGUGACCUCAGUUUGGGGAGCUAGGGACACAUAUGCAUCAGAUCUCAGCUGUGCUCAGUCCCCUCUGGCCCUUUCCCGACCUACCUUCCACUCCGUCUUCAAGGGUCCCACAGGAGUCCUGGUGAGUCAAGCAGAGCUGGGGACAGUAGCUCAGCUGAGAGGCGCAUGCUCAGAGCUGGGCUCCCUGGCUCUGUGCACACCUGGUCCUCCACACUGGAGCCAGCCUGAUGCUUCCUCCUUGCAAGGCCCGCUCCACAUGUGGGGACUUCUCUGUAAUAGAGGCUUCCGGGGCUGAGUCUGGUUGUUCCCCUGUGGCAUCUGGGGCUGGGUGUGUUCCUGGCCCUUGUUCCCAAAGAACAGAGCAGUUCUGCAGUGGGCACUGGACUUGGUGAGCAGGUGCUGGCCACUCACAUACCCAAAGCAGCUGCAGACCUGGGCCUGAGUGACAUUGGGCUCUCCUGCCUACCCAGGUGGAGGCAUGUAUGACCUGUCCUGUGAGGACAGGGUCCUCAGCAGGGUGGGUCUUUUAGCCUAAGACCCAUCAGUAAAAUAAAAAGAGACAGAGGCCGGGUGGAGCAGGACCCAGUCCGUGCUGGGUCCAGAAGUAAGCGGAGCAUGUCAGCACAGGUCAGCAAGGCUGGCUGCUGCCCACCUCUGCAUUGGCUUGGUAACCUCGCACACCUGCAGGAUCGGGGCCCACGGACACCUGCAGCCCCCACGUCACACGGCGACGGAGGAAAGUAACCUGGAGGUGACACUGGCUCUUGGCACCAAGUAAAUCAUCAAGACAUGAAUCAGCCAAGAAUUUCAGGAGAAAAGAACCGGUCCAGGCACCCAGGGAGGAGACAGGGGGUAAGGGUAGGGGAGGGAGGCUGGUCACGUGGAGUAAACCCCGUCACACUGCGGGGAUCCUCCAGGACCCCCAGUGACACCUGAGCCCACAGAUGUAACCCUCCUUUCCAUGCACGCAUGCACCUGGGGUGAAGUGAAUUUAUAAAGGAAGUGCAGGAAGAGAUGAACACAGUGUCCAGGAGCAGCUGGAGCAGCCGUGACCACGCAGUGGGAUGAAAACACGGGGCGGCUCUCCCAGGUGCUCGGCUGCAUUUUCUCCUUUACUGAAGGGCAGCGGGCACCAAAGAGCAGCUCUUUGGUGACUGUGACUGUGAGCAUCACUGCUCUGGUGCCCAGGACCAGGAUAAGCAGAACAGAAGCCACUCAAGUACCAGGACCUUCGAUCAGAUAACCAGAUGAUCAUGACGAAUGGGCUAUCGGCAAAUCCAGGGUGGACAUGGGGCCACGGAUGAGUCACAUCCUGGGUGGGGCACGGGGUGGGGCACGUGAAAUUCCACCCCACCACUCUGGAAAGCAGGUCGUGUAAAGUUUAUAAAUUGUUUACUUCUGGAAUUUUCCACCAAAUACCUGCAGAACACUUUUGUAACCGAAACCACAGAUAAGGGUAACUGCACAACUAGGAAAGGCUCAAGACCGUUUUCCUUUGUAGUGUCUCUGCCAAGGUGUGGUUAGACAGAUAAACAGGUCCUGAAUUACAGUUCCAGCCUGCAGGGAGAGGGAUGAUUUCCUGUGCAGCCGUCUCUCUGGAAAAAAGUGGGCCAUGGGGGGGGGGUGGUCAGCAGAUGGACAUUUCUGGCCCACUGUGGCCUUUUCCUUCUCUAAUUACCACGCAGUUUUUGAGGAAAUGUUUGAUGUUGAACAGUAGGUGGGGGAUUAUGUAGAUGGCAGGAAAUUAAUCAGCACAUACUGGGUACUUUUCACAUUCACCUGUUUCAUUUCCACAGCAGGCAGUGUGCUGACUUUCUGUCACUAUGAGAAAAUUCCUGGUAUAAGUGACUUAACAAGAAGAAAGGUUCUGUGGUGUCUCAUGGCUUCCGAAGCUUCGGUCCGUGUUUGGCCAGCUGCACUGUCGCCAGGCCCGUGGCAAGGAAAAUUGCUUGCUUCAUGGUGGCCGGGAAGCGCAGAGAGGAAGGGGAAAUGGUUUGGGGACAGGAUAUGGUACCCAAGGGCAUGUCUCUUCUGUCAACCAGGACACUGGGUUAGAGAAGGGAGGCCACAUCCAGCCAGCACUGCAUCUGGAUUAGAACAGCUCACUAUAGCAGUGGGAGUACAGGUUGCAUGGGAAGCUGGGAGCUUUGUUAUUUGAGCUGCAAAGGGCUUCAGGUCGCCUACUUGAAGCCGUUUGGGACCUAUCUGUGGCUCAGAGUCCUUCCUAAGGAGAUGUUUGGUUUCCAUGGAGACAGCCGCAGACUCCAUGGAGGUCCAGGGGUGGAUUUCUUCUUCCUUGUCUCCAUGGCUACCGCAUCAUCCUUCCCCAUGCUUGAGAGCUGGGCUAGAUGGGAGCCAGGAGACAGCACAGCUAGAGUGCUCCUGACCUGCAGCCACGUCAAAGACCUAGCUGGAAGAAUGGGCCAGAGAUAGCACGGGCUCCCUGGGGCCUGGGGGGAGCCCUGUGGCCAGCAGUGUCCUGAGCUGAUGGGCAAACAGAGUCCCAGCUCCCAGUCAUCCAGGACAGACCCACUGGGACGGAAGUCUCAUUCCCAUUACUCACUUUAGUGUUUAACAUUUUAAAAAGAAUGAAUUAUAGGAAGCCUGAUGGCACUGCAGUCAGUUUGAAGAAAAGAAUCUUAAACAUUGACCACUGACUUAAAUACCAUCAUUGGCUGUGAAAACUGAAGCCUUACUGUGUCACCUCGUUAGGAGGGCUUCUCGCCCAAUCAGAGGACAGUGGCCAAGGGCUGUGUCCUCCUCGUCCAUGCCUGGUGCAGGACAUGAGUCCCAGACACAAGGCAGCAUCUAGGACUCCAGGGGAUGGGGGUGCGGAAGUGAGUGCUCCCCACAUGGAGCUUCAUGAGUGUGUGUGAUCCACAGCCUCUGAACAGGUAUGGGUUCCUAUUGCCUGGCUUCCAACUCCUGGGAGGGGACAGAGACCAAGUCCAGGACGGGGAGCGACAGCCAGGAGCCACACUGCUCUGUCCUGCGGUCAGUGUCACAGCAGUGAGGCUGUGGGUAACCUGGGUUUGUAAAGUGUUAUUUGCUGGGGAAAACUGGGCAACAUUUACAAGGAGCCCUCUGCACUGUCUCCUGUCACGGCCUGAGUCUGCACUCUCUGCUGUUGUGGCAUGUGACCCUACAUUUAUCUCAUCAAGAAAAAUUCUGCAAAAGGCAUCGGGGAGACAAGUGCUCCAUCUACUCCCAGGGACUCACUCAGGAGUUUUGGCCUGAUCGCCAAGAUGCUGUGGGGCCGAGGAAUUGUUCUCACCACUGCUUGGUGUUUUGCGCUCAGAGUGCGUCCCUGGAGAGUCAUCCAAGCUGAGUGUGUCUCUUGUUCACGCUUGAACUUGCAAACUUCCUGCCUCAGCCUCCUGGAGUGCUAGAGUUACAGUCAUAUAUCAUCAUGCCAGGCUAUGAAUUUCUUUGUCUGGUCUCAUCUUGGCCCAUCCUUAAACCAUUGACACCAUCUCUUCAUCUCAGGGACUUCUAAAAAUCACAGUGGGAAGCCGGGAAUGGUGGUGCAUGUCCGUAAUCCCAGCACUUGGGAGGCUGAGGCAGGAGGAUCUCUGUGACUUCAAGGCCAGCCUGGACUACAAAGCAAGACUGUGUCAAAAAAAAAAAAACAAAACAAACAAAAAAAAAAACAGCUGGGCACAGUAUUGGGACCUGUAAGAGUCUCCCCUGGGGAAGCUUCGCCAACAGAUGACUUGUGCUUAACUUGUCCUCUGCUCUGUCAGCUCACACCAGGGACAAAAUCCCACCCCUGAAAUAAAAGAGCUGCGCACACAUGGACAUCUUGGGUAGAUGUGGCUGGAACCCCACCAGGAGCCGUACCUCAGGGGCAGGAGCUGGGCUGGGGCUGGACAGCCAGGGGCACAGGGGCACAGGGGCUUGAGUUCUGCCUACAGAGCUCACAGUUGAGAUGGCUGGCACCUGUUUCACAUCCCCUGGGGGCCACGGCCAGGACAAGCAGGAGGGCAGCCCCGGGGGAAGGUGCACAGUGGCCCCUGCCUCGCCAUGGGGCUCAGCUGUGGGCUGUCCUCAUACCAGCAGCCUGUGCUCACCGCACUGGGUCUCACAGGGGUUCUGAUUGGGAGGGGCGAGAAGGAGGGCAGGCCUGGCCUGCACACCCAGCUGGCCAAAUCUAAGCAAUCGGGGCGGUGCACAGUGCCCUCUGGCCUGUGUUUGACUUCAGGGAAGGUGUGCUGGCGAAGGUAUACAGCAAGCAUGGUGGUGGGGUGCGGCCCUGGGCCCCCCAAAGUCAAACAGCCGCCUCUGUCCCUGCCUGACUCACCGCUGCGGGAGGGAGGCCAUGCCGCGCCUUCUGUUUCAGGGAUAGCGGGGAAGCAGAACCAUUGCUUUGUGGUUUUAAAGCACAGGAUUUGUAAGGAAAAGAUUUAACGUCGUGCGUUCAGGACUCAGUCAGGAGACAGGAGCCCAGAACCCAGGCAAAGGACCCUCAGGCCCACCCACUGCCCCCACGGCCCCUGGCCUGGACUCCGCUGUCUCCAUCCUGCCCGGUCACCUGUCAGCUCUGCGUCCGCUUCUUUGUGUCUUUCGUGUUUUUUUCCGUCUUUUCUUCUCAGCUCUUUAUGCGCUCGUGUCUGUGAUACAUAGUACUCACGGUCACCGCAGGCAGCUGGACCCUUCUCCUCCUCACCCAUCUCCCCUCCAUCCUUUCAAACAACCGACCACGCUUUGGUUUCUGACCUCCCCAUUUUUUGGUCUUGAUUUCAUUAAUUUCUGCUCUGGUCUUUAUCACUUCUUGGCUUCAUUAGGCUUCAUCUUGGCUUAUCACUUCUUGGCUUCAGUCCCAGGUUUGAACUGUUCUUGUCCUCUUAGGACCUUGAGCUGCACCAUGCGGUUAUUUAUUUAUCUGUGAUCACGUGGGGUUUUGUUAUUGUUGUUGUUACUGUCUUGUUUUUGUUUUUAGUAAGUGGAUUCCCCGCUAAACUCUUCCCUCUUAGAACUUUGUGUCGCUCGCUUUUGGUGUCUUUUGCUUCUGUCGUCAUUUGAUUCUAAGGGAGUCUUAUUUCCUCCUGGAAUCCUUCUGUGUUAUUUAAUCUCCCAGUGUUUGCAUAAUUUCUGAGGCUUCUUUUGCUGUUGAUCUCCAGCUUCAUUCUGCUCUGAUGAGACAGCAUGCAGGGCCUUACUUCGGUCCUUUGCAUUUAUCUGCGUAUGCUUUAUGGCCUGAGGGAUGGGGUAUUUUGGAAAAAGUUCUGUGUGCUGUUGUGAAGACUGUGUAUUCCGCUGUUGCUGGACAAAGCACUGCGUCGAUGCUCUUUGGUCCAUGCAUCUGCUUCUUUUCAGUGCUCAGUGUGACAAUUUGUCACGUUACUACAAAUUCCCCCAGGAUUCGCCAGUGAUGGCCCCUGGCAGGUACAUGCAGGGCUCCUAGACUGGGCACCUGCUUGGGCUUGACCCAGCUGUGACCCAAAGUGUCCAGCUCUGUGCGACUGGCUGUGGUGGUGCUUGUGUCCCUGAGGUGUGUGUGGGUUCGGGCUGGCAUUUCCUGACCCUUGGAGGCUCAGACAUUUCCUGGUCCUGAUGUGUGGUCCUGCUGGCCGUGUUUGUUUCCUGAGCUGCUGAAAUAAAUCAGUAAACAGCCACUGUGGCUCCCACAACAUGAUGUGCUGCUGUCCCCCAGGGCCAGGGUUGUCCACAGUGUGGCCUCCCAGCGGGAUGCCUGUUCCUGGCUUCUGCUAUCUUGGGUGGUCUCAGGGAUCCCCCAGGGCUCCGUGUCUCUAUGUCACUGUCCCCUGCAGGGAUCUGCAUCCACCCUAAUGAUUCCAUCAUCUGCAAAGACCUGAUUUCCAAAGAGGGUGCUGGGGAUGGGGCUCCCAUGUCCUCUGAGAAGCCACCCUGGGGAAGGCUUGGGAGAAGGGUCACUGCGUGCUUCUGUGGCCUUGCUCCCGAGCUUGUCCCCCAGGACCUUACCUGUCUUCCCUGAAGGUCUAUGUGUCCCUCCUCAGGGGCUGGGGCCACUGGGGAAGCACCUCGGACACAAGGCCAAGGCCAGUCUGGGAUUCCAUCACAGGGACCCAGUUGACGGCCCUUCAUUGCCAGUUAUGGGACAUGGACACCCCUCAUCCUCUCCAACUGCACCGGGCCCAUGAGCCCCCUACUCUGCCCUCAGUGCCUUCCGGCUCUGGGCAGACCCAUUCCGGUCCCCACUUCCAUGAGAGCAAUCUGCUGGGGUCAACGCCUGCUCACUGCUUCCUUCUCUCCAUGUAGCACCCUCAGCUGUCACGCAGGUCGCACCAGCAUUCCUGGCUGUAAUUAUUCUUUGGAAAGCUGGAUUCCCAACCCUGAAGGGAAAUCCGCAAGGAGAAUCCCUGGGUCUCUGGCUCUACCUUGGCACCUUGGGGGAGUGGAGUGGCUGGAGUCGCCCUUGGUGGGGACAGCGGGGUGCAGGCCCCACCGUGGUGAGGCAGUGUCCCUGUGAGAUGGCCAAUAGGGGCAGAGGGUAAACCCCAAAGGAAGGGCAGGCGGCGCCAUGGAAGGGCACAGUGGGGCCCUGGCCCCCUCAGCUGGAUCGUUUGCUGCGGGGUCUCACAGCAGCCUCGGGGUUCCUGUCUGCAAAUCCAGCAGCUGGACCCUACCCUCCUGGGCCUGCCAGCUGCCCUGGGGCUCCUAGGCGCCUCUUGGGCAGGGAAAUUUGCCCACCCACUGGGAAAGCCAGUGUGGAGCUCCUUGGGGUCUAUGACCAAAGUGACAAAGUCAGCCGGGAAUCAUGGUGCUCACCUGUAAUCCCAGCACUCAGGAGGCUGAGGCAGGAAGAUCACCAUGAAUUCAAGGUGAUUUCAAAGUAAGAACUGGCCUCAAAAAGGAAAAAAAAUCACUAGGUAAAAGGUGGGUAAAGGCAUGCGGAAGCCACACCCACGCUUCCAAGGCCAUUGCAGCACCAGUCAUGGGAGCUAAGAAAUGGGAGCACCCAAGGAAGAGUUCCUUCGGCAAGGAACGGGUAAGGCAAAGGUGGCAUCCACUGUGCUCCAGGGAGUACUACGCAGCCCUGACAGAAGGAAAGCCCUGGGUUAAGAGGUUCUGACCUUCCCACCACGUGCCCUUUAGACCAUCCUCAGCGGAACACUGCAGACAGGCCGAAGGCCCCUUGCACCUCCCACGCGCCUUUCCUCCUCCAGAUGUGCUGGCCCCGAGGUGGGUGGGUCCCCUACCCCCUGUGCUUGUGCCCUUGUUAUUCUUUGGGUCCAACUCUGUGGCACUGACUGACAUACUUUGGAAAUCUCCAUCACAGGUGAUCACCCUUUAAGAUGAGGCUUAAUUUAUUCUUCACUUAAUUUUGUAAAAUGUCUCAUUACUUCUUCAGUGUAAUCUGCAAUUAUGUAAAUUUAUGAGGUAUAUAAAGCACAUAUUCUGUAUGUACAAAAGGUGACCCAAAAAUACAUUCAAGAGCUCCAUUUUGGCAGACACAGCCAUGGAAUCCCUUCAGAAUCCUCCCCUCUCUCCAAACACACUCUUCCCCCUUUCUGAGGUGUGAUCAAAGACCUAGUGAAUGCUGCUGCCGAGCGCCAUCCAACAGAAAGGCAGCUCUUAAAAUCAGGAUGCUGGGUCCUCAUCUGCCUUAGUUAGGGAGUCUGGUGCCGUGGGACCUUAGCUCCUCCCCAAAGUCAAAAUAACUGUGACAGGGAGACGGUGUAAAUCCAUUCAGGACAUCAAGGCCGCCAGGACAGCACAGCUAAAGCCCCUCAAGAGAGAGGAUUCCGGAGCUGCUGCAGCAAGUGGCCGGGGUGAUGGAAAGAGUGUGUUAGAGGCCACAGGCAGGACUUAAAGGGGGAUUCAUGCCAAUGUGUCUUUUACUGUGGGAAAUUUAAACACCAUGUUUGUUGAUCAUAAUGCAUAAAAGUCUGAAAGGUCCACUACUAGGCCUAUUAUAUUACUGCCCUGUACUGGGUAUAUCAGUGCCUUUCUCAUUUCGGGCACUCAUCCUUCUUCCCGCUUCUGCCCCUUCCUCCCCCUCCUCUCCACUCCUCCCUUUUCUUCCGUCCUUUUUUGAUGUAGCCCAAGGUUGCAAAGCCCCGUCAGGUCAUGUCCUUCCGUGCAUGCACCGCCACGGAAAGCACAGCUUGGCCGAAGCUGGGAGUACUCGCUCCCUACCGAGAGCCACAUAGCUUGCACUCCAAUCCCCGGGCACUGCUGCUGGGCCUGGACAGCAGAGUCCAGCAAAGUCCCUGUCACUGUGCCCGUGCCCCUUGUUUGUCAGAGCUCAGCCCUCUGAAGGGAGGCCCUCCCGCAGACCCCAGCCCGACUCGGGGUUGUGCCUCCAGGGAUGGCAGGGUGCUGGGCAGGAGGGAAGAAGAGCCUGGUCACCCCUGGUGGAAUCUGGGAUCCUCCCACGGGCUGUGGACUUUCUAGAAAAAAAGAGAAUCUGGGGGUGGUUCCAGCAUGUCGGGAGGCCGAGUCAGGAGGAUCCCAAAUUUGAGCCCCAUUUGGGUGAAUUAGAGACUCACAUAGAUCCUGUCUCCAAAUUAAAAAUAAAAAGGGGUGGGAUGUAGCUCAGUGCAAAUCUCCAGAACCACUAGAAAACCCCAAAAAGCAAAAACCAAAACAGAAACAAAACUAGCUCUAAUGGCCCAGGUGCCCCUGUCACACCGGAGCGAGGCCCCGUGAGCCCUGGUGUGGCUGGGGCAGAAGGGCCUGGCUGGCCCACUUGCUGGCCCGGGGUCAUGGCAUCCUGACACCGGGUUCCGGCCCCAGCCCCAGCCCCAGCCCCAGCCGCACCCAUGCCGGUCACAGUCCACGGUGACUCCUUGGGUAAACGCUGUCCAGACUCUUUAGUCAAACAGGGCCGUGGUAUAAAGACAGUGCCGCUGGCUUCCUGGCCGACUCCUGUCUCUCUGCAGCCCAGGGGCCAAGUGCGAUGGCGCGCAAGGUAAUCUGCAUCCUGGCCAUAGUCCUCAUGCUGGUCCUCAGCGCGCUGGCUGAGGGUGAGACAGGGACCUGUGACGUGGCCCCCAACCAGCGCAUCAACUGUGGCUUCAGUGGCAUCACGCAGAAGGAGUGCGAAAGCAGAGGCUGCUGCUUCAGUAACAAACACCGCGGGGUGCCCUGGUGCUUCAUCAAGCAGCAGGUCAAUAUGGAAGAAGAGGACGAGUGUCUCUUCUAGUGGCAGCCACAGGGACCUGCUGGCCUCCAGACCUGGCACCAUCCUGUGCUCGGCGGCCUGGAGCUCAGCCACCAGGAGAACGAGCUUUUCCCUUCUGCAGAUGUAGAGCGACGUCCUGACUUGCGGUACUCAGAAUUGGCUUAAAAUUAAAAGAGAGGAGCGGUGA